UCUUUUACAUUUUCACUCUUUUUAUACAUUUUCAUUUCCUUUCCUUUCAUUUUAUUUCUUCAAUUUUUUUAACACAAUUAUCUUCAUGUUUGAGCUGCUAAUAAUGCUGUAGAAAGUAUAUCCAUACACCAGUUCAGUUAAUUUCGGUUUUUGUAGUGGAAAUGGAGACGGUUGGGAAAUCAGUAGAUGAAGUGUUAGCAGAAAUAAUGAGAAUUCACAGAUCGCUUCCAGAGCGACCUGAAAUUGAAGAAAUUGAAGGAGCACAAAUUCUAAUAAAAAAUCUAGAAACCGAAGAACAAGCGAAAAUAGAAAAUAUAAAUAGGCAAAAAAAGCGAAAAGAUGUACCUGAUGAACUGUUUAGUGUGUUAAUAGAGAUGCAAAAGUGUUUAGUUCGGUUUCAAAUUGAAGAACAGAAAAAAGAGGCGGUUAAAUUGUUGGAUCGUGAACAUUACCACCAGGUGUUUGAUGAAUUGAUUCAACGAGCUUCGAGUUGUUGUGGCUCGGCUAGUAAUGGUACGGUAUCUGGUGCGUCGACUUCGAGUAGUAAUUCGUUGAGUUAUGGUUUGCCGAGUUCGGUUAGUGUGGCUGCAAAGCCGGUUUCUAGUUUGUAUUAUGAUAAAGAGAAUGUUGGUAAGAGUUCGGAUUUGUUGGUUACUAGAGAUGAUAGUUAUGUAAGUAAGUCAAAGUCGGUGUUCAAUGGGGAUGGGUUAAGAACAGGGUUUCAGUCGAGUGAUGUUUCAAGGCCGAAAAUUGUGGAUUCGACUUUAACACCGGCGAUUAAUUCUGAACAAGAAGGGGUGAAGUUGAAUCUUAUGAAGCUAGCGAGUUUGAUUGAAGUGUCUGCGAAGAAAGGAACGAAAGAAUUAAAUCUUCAAAGUAAAUUGAUGGAUCAAAUUGAAUGGCUUCCUGAUUCAAUAGGGAAGUUAUCAACUUUGAUCACAUUGGAUUUGUCAGAAAAUCGGCUUGUUACGUUACCAUCUUCCAUUUCAGGGCUUUCAUCGUUGACGAAACUAGAUUUGCAUUCUAACAAAAUCAUUGAACUGCCAGAAUCUUUGGGGGAUCUUCUUAAUUUGGUCUUUCUUGAUUUACGGGCAAACCAGUUGUCGUCUCUUCCUGCUAGCUUGAGUCGGUUGUUCCGUCUUCAAGAGCUUGAUUUAAGCUCAAAUAGCCUAUCAGUUCUUCCUGAGUCGGUCGGUUCACUUGUAAGUUUACAAAAGCUUAACAUUGAGACCAAUGAUAUUGAAGAAAUCCCACAUAUUAUCGGUCAAUGUGUAUCGCUUAAAGAGCUUCUUGCAGACUAUAACAAACUUAAAGCUUUACCAGAAGCCAUAGGAAAACUUGACUCGUUGGAAGUACUUUCUGUUCGCUACAAUAACAUAGGUAGGUUGCCAACCACCAUGUCAUCUCUGACAAAGAUAAAGGAGCUUAAUGUCAGUUUUAAUGAACUUGAAUCGGUGCCUGAAAGCUUAUGUUUUGCUACCACCCUUGUGAAAAUCAAUGUUAGCAACAACUUUGCCGAUUUAAGAUCCUUGCCGAGAUCCAUAGGGAACCUUGAGAAUUUGGAAGAGUUGGAUAUGAGUAACAACCAGAUAAGAGUCCUUCCAGAUUCGUUUAGGAUGUUAUCAAAGUUACGAGUAUUGAAAACUGAAGGGAACCCAUUGGAAGCACCACCGCGAGACGUUCUUGACAAAGGCGCUCAGGCUGUUGUCAUAUACUUGAAUGAACUCCAUGAAAAAAAGGAUGAGAAGGUUCAGCCAGUCAAAAAGAAGAAAUCUUGGGCUCAGAAGUUCUUUUCAAUAUCUAAUAAACGCAAGCGGAUCACAUUGUCUACAUGAACUCCUAAUUUCAUCAGCUUCAACAAGUUUUCAUUGAAUGAUGAGCUGUCCUGUGCUGGAACAAACCUAAGUUCUUGAUGUGUUUAAUCUUCGAAGACCAACUCAUUCCUCCUUCCUUCAAGUAGGCUUUAUAGAUAUACCUUUAUACUAUAUUGUAUCUUUGCUUUUUCAUAUAUCGUGAAAACCGACAUUAGGUGAUCAACGAGUCACUGUACAAAGUUCAAUAUACACGUUAAAUAAAAUAAUACUUCUGCACAAGAGGCAAAGUGACUGUUAUUGAAUUUCUGCAUUGACUAUGACUUGUUGAUCGUUUACUUGCUUGCUUUAUUUCAUUUAUUUGUUGUAAAUCUGUGACGAUGUAUUUAUUUGAACUUCACUUUUCUUUAAGAAUGCAACAAUCUUCUGUUUUUGUUGUACCCA